CAAUGUAUCCCAAGGUUCCAAUUCUUCAAUGACCACUAAGGAGCUUCAGGAAUAUUGGAAGAAAGAAAAGCGCCAGUGCAGACAAGUCAACCUUGUUUUUGAAAUCCCAUCAACCAGAAUUGUAGAGCACCACUUAUCUAAAUAUGUGAUGUAUAAAAUCAUCAUUCUGCAAACAGGAAGUUUUGACUGCAACAAAUCUAUAAUUGAACGGCGCUAUUCAGACUUCGAGAAACUGCACAGAAAACUUCUGGAAGACUUCAGUGAAGAAAUGGAAGACGUGACCUUCCCCAGAAAAACUCUGACUGGGAACUUCACAGAAGAAGUAAUCAAUGAGAGGAAAUUAGCCUUUAAGGACUACCUGAGACUUCUAUAUUCUAUGAAAUAUAUCCGAAGAUCAAAAAAAUUUAUUGACUUUUUAACAAGGCCAGAGCUUGAGGAAGCAUAUGGUUGCCUGCGGGGCGGCCAGUACACUAAAGCUUUGGAAAUUCUGUUAGAAGUCAUCGGUCUGCAGGAACGGCUCACGAGAGGCAACCCUGUUUCGGUUGUGCCCACUCUGUGUGCCAUCGUGGUGUGUCACAAGGACCUGGAAAACCCAGCCAGUGCCUUUGAGUAUGGAGAGAAGGCUCUAUUACACCUUCGUGUGCACACCAGUCACAGGUACUACAUACCCUUGUUGGAAACAAUGAUCACUUUGGCAUACGAACUUGGCAAGGAUUUUCUGGCAUUGCAAAAGAAGCUGGAAGAAAGGAAGGCAAAAAAAGAUCCAGUAAAAAUUUUUACCCUGAAAGAACUUGCAGUUCGAGAGUAUGUGCAGUGA